GAACCUUCUGCAGUCGUUGCCAUGGGUGACAUGAAGACCCCAGAUUUUGACGACCUCCUGGCCGCUUUUGACAUCCCGGACAUCGACACGAACGAGGCAAUCCACUCCGGCUCCGAGGAGGCGGACGCUCACAUCAAGCCCAUCCCGGUGGAGGCGGUGGUCCCCGACCACGUGCUCCCUCACGGCGACAUCACCACCGUCAGCGUUAUCGUCAAGAACACCGUCUGCCCGGAGCAGCUCGACCCCCCGGACGGCCGCAUCAAAGACGGCCACGUGAUCGGGCCCCGCUUGCUGCAGAACGGGUUCGCCCCCUCCGAAGACCCCCCCUCCCCCUCGGCCAGUUCGGCGGACGUUGCAGCCCCCACUAACGGGGAGUGUUGGGCGUCAAAAGAGAAAGGGCCCAAAGGCCUGGACCUCUUCUCGCCCUUCAGCCCCGACCCCAGCGAGGACGGCGCGACCAACCUGAUCGACAGGCCACGAGAAUGCCAGCCAAAAGAGAAGACUCUCUCCGUGCCUUCCCUCUCGCCGUCCCCCACCCUGACUCCUACCCAGUCGCUGGACGGCCGAGAGCCGGUGGCAGAGAGCGCCGCGUCUCUCCCGCCAGCGUUCCCACCUCCUUUUGAAAGUUGUCCCACGGGUGGAGUAGGCCUUCCUCCUCCCAGCCCUCCUCCCCUGACUCCCUUGGCCAUCAAACAGGAGUCAGACCCGGACGCCCCGUGUCGCGGGCCAAGUCCCUUGGCCCCCCUGAAACCGAGCUCUGCCUGCUAUUCGGCGGACGAAUCCGCCUUAGGGCCCUGGCGUAGCUCGGAGAUGCAUCUCGACGGCGGCUCUGGCGGCGUCCCCGGAGCCGAGCGCUCUCCCGAUCCGUUCUUCAAAGGUUCUCCGCGAGCGGACGGGAGUCUGGGCUCCACUGUGUCCCCCAAACAGCUUGGAGGGGGGGCCCUAAAGGAGGAGCCAGUUGAGAAACCCGUGCAGUGCCCGCCGGAGGCGUCCAGCGGGGAGGAAGAGAACGAAGACGAGAGCACGGGUUCGCCUUCGUCCGGUUCUUCGCGGCCUCUUAAAGUGAGGAUCAAGACCAUCAAAACCUCCACCGGCAGCAUCACCAGGACGGUCACGAGGGUCUCCUCGGACUCAGAUCCCGGGGCCCCCAAGCUCCUCCCGGACCACGACUCUCAAGGGGUCGCCGAAGAAGCCGCGCUCUCUACCGCCCCCGAGAAAGAGGAGGGCGUGGCGGAGUCCCCCAACCCGAAGAUGGUGGUAACCAGCCCCUUGAAGGUGAUCGAAGGGCCGAAGGUUGUCAGCGUGCAGCUGGGCGACGGCACUAAGAUCAAAGGGACGGUGCUGCCCGUCUCCACCAUCCAGAGCGCCAGCAGCGCCAUGCUGAUCGCCGCCAGCGUGGCCCAGCAGAAGGCAGUGGUGCUGCCCAGCAAAGCCGUGGCCAAGAACAUCAUCAGCUUGGUGCCCCAGGCCCUCCCCAAAGCCGCCGACGCCAGGAGCGGGGUCGGCUCGGCGGCCCAGCCGGCCGCGGCCACCCCCGCGGCCAACCAGAAGGUCAACGGCACCACGGUGGUGGUGAUGCAGCCGCAGAAGUCCUCCCCCACCGUGGCCGGCACGGUCAUCUCCCGCAGCCAGUCCAGCCUGGUGGAGGCCUUCAACAAGAUCCUCAACAGCAAGAACCUGCUGCCCACCUACAAGCCCAACCUGCUCCCCCCGGCCGACUCCAGCCUGACCCUCCCGCCCCUCGGGUACCGCUGCCUGGAGUGCGGGGACGCCUUCGCCCUGGAGAAGAGCCUGGCCCGCCACUACGACCGGCGCAGCAUGCGCAUCGAGGUGACGUGCAACCACUGCACCAAGCGCCUGGUCUUCUUCAACAAGUGCAGCCUCCUCCUCCACGCCCGCGAGCACAAGGACAAGGGGCUGGUGAUGCAGUGCUCCCACCUCGUCAUGCGGCCCAUCGCCCUCGACCAGAUGAUCGGCCAGCCCGACAUCACCCCUUUGGUCUCCGUCGCCUCCCUGAACGCCGCCGGCAAGGCGGCGGCUGUGGCCAGCGGCGCCGCGGGGGUGGCUCAGGAGGCGGUGGCCGCGGCCAACGGGGGCGCGUCCCAGGAGCUGCCCGUCCUGCCGCUGAACGGGGGCGCCGAGACGGCCACCACCAACUCCUGCCAAUGCCUGGAGUGCAAGGAGCAGUGCAAGGACAAGGCGGGCCUGGCGGCGCACUUCCAGCAGGCUGCGCCGUCCUCUUCCACGGUGUGCAGCACCUGCCCCAUGAUCAUGCCCAACCGCUGCAGCUUCGGCGCCCACCAGCGGAUGCACAAGAACCGCCCGCCGCACGUGUGCCCGGAGUGCGGGGGCAAUUUCCUCUUGGCCAACUUCGAGGCCCACCUGAAGGAAGCCUGCCUCCAUUUCUCCCGGAGGAUAGGUUACAGGUGCCCGAGCUGCUCGGUCGUGUUUGGCGGGGUGAACUCCAUCAAGUCUCACAUCCAGACGUCCCACUGCGAAGUUUUCCACAAGUGCCCCAUCUGCCCCAUGGCAUUCAAGUCGGCCCCCAGCGCCCACGCCCACAUCUAUACCCAGCACCCAGGCUUCAGUAACCAGCAGUCCAAGAUGAUCUACAAGUGUGCCAUGUGCGACACCGUCUUCACCCACAAGCCUCUGCUCUCCUCGCACUUCGACCAGCAUCUGCUGAACCAGCGGGUGAGCGUCUUCAAGUGUCCCGACUGCCCCCUUCUCUUUGCCCAGAAGAGGACCAUGUUGGAACAUCUCAAGAACACUCACCAGCCCCCUAAGCCCAAGGAGGAGCCCGCCAAGAAGCCAGAGGCUGCCCCCCUCACGCCCAAACUGGAGCCGGCGGAAGAGGAGCCCCCGCCCUCAGUCUCCAAGGCCUCGGAGUCAUCGUCGUCCUCUUCGGAGGAUGAGGAGCCGCCCAGCUCCCCGGAGGUGCGCAAGAGCAAGAGGGGACGCUUCCAACGCAAGCCAGAGGUGGGCAGGCGCACACGGAGCAACGGCUGGACCUGCGGCAUCUGCCACUCUUGGUUCCCGGAGCGUGAUGAGUACGUGGUGCACAUGAAGAAGAUCCAUGGCAAGUGCGUGAAGAAGUUUCCAUGCCGCUUGUGCGAACGCUCCUUCUGCUCUGCUCCCAGCCUGCGAAGACACGUCCGGGUGAACCACGAGGGCAUCAAACGCGUCUACCCCUGCCGGUACUGCACCGAAGGGAAGCGCACUUUCAGCAGCCGCCUCAUCCUGGAGAAGCACAUCCAGGUGCGCCACGGGAUCAAGGUGACGGACGAGACGCGGAGUCAGGAGGUGCUGAUCACUCGCCUGGGCUCCCGGAACUCGCAGGCAUCCAGCCGGAAGCGCAAGCUCUCCUCCGACGAAGGAGACUCGUGCAGUGAGGAGCCGGAUAGCACGACUCCCCACAAGACCCCUCGAGGUGACCGGAAAUCCCUCUACCACUGCCGAAAGUGCGGCUACGUGGCCCCCACGGCGGCCGAUUUCCAGGAACAUCCCCAGCACCGGACAGGCGAGAGCGCCCACCAGUGCCGCGAGUGUGGGCUCUGCUUUACUUCUCAGGUCUCCCUCAACCGCCACCGCUUCAUCACCCACAAGAAGAAGAGGGCGGGCGAUGCGGAGGAGCCCGGUGCCGGGGAUGACCCCGAAGGGGGCUCCCCUCCGGACGCCAAAGGAAAACUCUCCUGCACGGUGUGCGGCAAGGGCUUCGACACCCAGCUCAACCUGAAGACACAUUUCCGCACCCAUGGGAUGGCCUUCAUCAAAGCCCGGCAGAACGUCGGGGCGGAGAACUAGCCGG